GGCGUUAAUUUUUUUUUUUACUCAUCAAUUGAGCUUAAGAUUAAGAAAAUCGGCAACCCCAUAGAAAUAAGCGCCGGCUACCGGCUAAUGCAUCCAAUGAUGUUCCCCUUCUGAUAAGUGUAAAAUUUAUAGAUACACAAUUGUUUUACCAUUACAAAACUUUUCGGGAAGUAGUACUUUUAUAUUAAUGUCAUUGUAUUAUUUUUAAAAUUUUUAAUACAUUUUAGUUCUUUUUGUUUCAAAGAGUAUUUUUAUGCUGUCAAAUGCAAGUUGAAACGCAAACAAACAUGAAAAGUCAAGUCACUGGUGUAAGGAAAACCAGUGAAGAAGUUGAAUCGCCACGUAAAAGUAAUAAGCGUUUGAAGGUUGCACAUAGCUCAUUGGAAUCCUCUUCUAAUGAAAGUGCUAUUUUGGAUUCUUACAUUGGUUCAGAAAUUAGUAGCCCAUCUGAUGUUGUAAAUGAUGUUUCUAUGCCGGAAGGUAGUUCAAACGAGAAUGAGUUAUAUAAUGGCCAAUCAUAUAAUAAUCAUGUUAAUGGCUCACUAAAUAAUGGCAACAGAUCUAAUUACGAAGAAAUGACAAAUAGUGACAGAUUCAAUGAAAUUCCUGACAUCACUGAAGAUGAACACUGCUUGAUGAGUGGUGAAGUAGUAAAUCCAACUGAUUCAGACAUGCAGUUUGUUGUAACUGAUACUCAAGACUCUCAGCAUCUUUCUCCGCCUACCUUAGAACAGUACAACAAUUGUUCCAAUCCGGCAUCUGAUACUGCUUAUGACACACCAAACUUCUCUGAUAAAAAUUCUUAUGAAUCUUCUACAGACAUUGCUAGUUCUGAUAGUUCUUAUAACAGUGAAAUACAAGUACCUACAGAAGUAAAUUCACAAUGUUCUAUGCAAAAUGAACCUGAAAAUAUUGAACUUGGUGUUUCAUCAAAAGACUCUGAUUUAAAUGCUGGGAAUAAUUCUGAAGCUACAGAUUCUACCCCAUUGAUCCGUGAACCAAUUUCACCUCCAUCUGAUAGUCUAGAAUGUUCUGCGACACUAUCUGCAGAAGAAGAAUCUACAAACGUCUUAAAAAAGGAUGAUAUCAGAUAUUUAGGAAUAUAUGAUUUAAAAACCACUCCUCUUGAAGGUCAUGCUGAUACCGUUUAUAGUGUUGCUGCUUUUGAUAAAAUAAUUUUGUCUGCUAGUGGUGAUACAACUGUGAAAGUAUGGAAUGUUGAUGAGCAGGUGGAACUGUGUAAUUUUGCAGGCCACACUGAUGCUGUGACAUCUAUUGUACUUCUUGAUCCUAUUCAAUCAAAAUCACUCGCUGAGAAACUAAAUUCGCAAGAAACCACUGUAAUUGCAAUUUCAGCAUCAUUAGACUGUCACAUCAAAGCCUGGUCUGUUCAUAAUGGAAAGGAAUUGAUUUCAAUCUAUACAUACAACAGUAUCACUUGUAUGGGAUAUUUGCAACCUAAUGUUUGUGCUAUUGGUACAGAAGGGGGCAAUUUGGAAAUUUGGGAUUUAAUAGAGAAAAAGAAAAUGGAUUCAACUUUAGCUCAUGACUCUUCAGUCUCUGAUUUAAAGGUUCAUGAUGGUUAUAUUUUCUCUACAUCUAUUGAUGGAACAGUAAAAGUUUGGUUGUAUGAAGAUGAGGAAUUGCAACCUCUUUACUCUAGGAAGCGACGAGAAACUUCCUCAAAAGGUUUGGAUAUGGGGCCUACACUUUGGAAGUCAGUUGCUGUUAAUAAUGAUACUCUUUACCUAGGCGAUGGCAGUUCUUGUUUGAAAGUAUUAAACUGGAAAUUAGGACGAUUGAGAUCCUUGGUUAACCAAAAAGAGAGUGUUGGUGAAUGUGAUGCUCUUCUAGCUAAAGAAAAUAUUUUACUUUCAUCAUCAUAUAAUGCAACAACUGAUACUGGUAGCAUUAAUAUUUGGCUGCUCCCUGAAUUGACAUACGUCGGUACUUUGACUGGGAAUGUACAAGACAUUUUUUGUCUCGCUUUGACGCGUUUUGAAAAUAAAUUAAGGAUUGUCAGCGGUGGACACCAACUCAUUGUGUGGGAUUUUAAUUUUAAAGAACCAUCUAAGGCCAGCCCUUCUGCUGAAUUUUCUUUUCAAGAAAUAGAUGGCCUGGGUGUUGAAGUCAAAGAAACAAGAGAAAAGAAUAUCAAAAUCGAAAGCAGUGCUUCAUCAUCAAAUUUGAAUAUUAGGGCAGAGAAACAGAACCGGUGCAAUAUUAUUUAGGUGUCUCACUGUAUAUCAUUGUCAGGUUUUAAAUAUAAUGACUAUAUUUCUUUCUCUCUUUCAUAUUAUAUUAAGUUUAUUUUAUGUGUACUUUAGACCUGUGGCACAAUAUUUUUACUUCAAGUGUCAUGAAUAUUUUGCCAUUAGAUCAUUAAAAAUGGAAUGUGCUUCUUGUAUGCUUGAAAAGUUUACUUUUGUUUACAUGUUUGCCUUUCUGACUAUAGUUACCUUGGAAAAAUUCGUGUAAUCAGAAAGCAUUCAUUGAAAAUUAAAGGAAUAGAUAAAUAGA